UAGCAAAAUGGAGGGUGUACCAUCAACGAAAAAUGGAACGGGUUCACUGGACGUCAUGGGGCUGAUUGAAAGCCUGCAGUUGAAGGAAACAGCCGACACAUCUUUGAUGCUGGAUCGCUAUCCACCAUACUCGCCUUUCUUUGGCGUGAUGGGCGUCGUUUUUUCCAGUGUACUUACCUCAGCUGGUGCGGCCUAUGGAACCGCUGUUUCCGGAACAGGAAUCGCCGCCACAGCCGUAAUGCGUCCGGAAUUGGUGAUGAAGUCGAUUAUUCCGGUGAUUAUGGCGGGAAUCAUUGCCAUAUAUGGAUUGGUGGUAUCCGUAUUACUUUCUGGUGAACUGGGACCUUCGCUCAAGUAUUCGCUGCCCACUGGAUAUGUUCACCUGGCCGCCGGUUUGUCCGUGGGAUUCGCUGGGUUGGCCGCCGGUUAUGCGGUGGGUGAGGUGGGCGACGUGGGUGUGCGACACAUCGCCCAACAGCCACGCCUCUUCAUCGGCAUGAUUCUGAUCCUGAUUUUUGCAGAGGUUCUGGGUCUUUACGGCCUCAUUAUCGGUAUUUAUUUGUACACUGUGAACAUUAGGUAA